ACCCAAAGUGCAAGUCACUAAAACAAACCGCUCUUAUUUCACCACGUGUCACAUAAUUACCAGUUCGACCAUUUCGUAGUCCAGCCGCGUGACACCUAAACCUAAACACUAACCAGAAAAAUUAAUAGCCAUUUUAAUAACAGAGCCGUUAAAUACACGUAGCAUAAAAAGCCGUUAACUAUAACGGCGUUAAAAUCUCGGUCCUAUGAAAACACGUUUUAUAUGUCCCCAUGUCAUUUAUCUUUUCCCUAAGCGUCGCUCUAGUUAAGGAAGCAGCAGGUUUGGAUCCGAAGCAACCAACGGCUCAGAUCAAACAGAUAAAUUCAACGGCUCAGAUUAAUUAUAAAUUUCCUUCUCCUAUUUUAGGUUCCUUCGAGAUCUUUCUUUUCAGAGGUGUAACGAAAACGCUAGAAGCCUAGAACAGUCUUCUUUCUCUUGAAUCGGAAAAGCUAAAGAUUGGUAACAAUGGCGGAUGAACAUAAGCAUGAAGAAUCUUCACCUAAUUUGGAUCCAUCGGUGGAAGUUAUAGAGAGGGAAUCGUUGAUGGAGAAGAUAUCGGAGAAGAUUCAUCACAAAGGUGAUUCUUCGUCGUCGUCUUCAUCAGAUGAUGAUGAGAACGAGAAGAAAUCUUCUCCGUCUCCGAAGUCUUUGAAAUCGAAGGUUUAUCGUUUGUUUGGUAGAGAGAGACCUGUGCAUAAGGUUCUCGGCGGCGGAAAACCGGCGGAUAUAUUUAUGUGGAAGAACAAGAAGAUGUCAGGUGGUGUAUUUGGUGGUGCUACAGUAGCAUGGGUGCUAUUUGAAUUGAUGGAGUAUCAUCUUCUUACUCUGCUAUGUCACGUUAUGAUCGUUGCGCUUGCUGUGUUGUUUCUAUGGUCUAAUGCCACUAUGUUCAUUCACAAGUCUCCACCAAAGAUUCCUGAAGUACAUAUCCCUGAAGAACCUCUUCUUCAGCUUGUUUCGGGUCUUAGAAUCGAAAUCAACUGUGGAUUCUCUUCUCUUCGUGAGAUUGCAUCUGGAAGGGAUCUCAAGAAAUUCCUCUCUGCUAUUGCCGGAUUGUGGGUUUUAUCAAUCUUGGGCGGCUGCUGUAGUUUCUUGACAUUGGCAUACAUAGCUCUGGUUCUACUCUUCACUGUUCCUCUUUUCUACGACAAAUACGAAGACAAAGUAGACGCAUACGGUGAGAAAGCAAUGGCUGAGUUGAAGAAGCAAUACGCUGUGUUUGACGCAAAGGUAUUGAGCAAAAUCCCAAGGGGACCUUUGAAGGACAAAAAGAAGGAUUAGUUUUUUUUUUUUUUUUGUGGGUUUUCUUUGGAGUGCAAAAUGUCCACAAUGCUCUGGUUUUUAAACACGUGGGUUUUUGUGUUGUGUUGUGAAUUGGUAAUCUAAAAGUUAUGUGUUUAUAUCUCAACUCGAAUUUUACUUACCAACUUUGCUUCUUUGUUUUGGAGAUGUUUGUGGCUUUAGGACACUGAUUGAAGUCGUUCUCUUGCUCUAAACUUUUAAUGUAUUGAUGAUUUCCUUGGGUUUGUACAGUUCGAUGAUCAAAGAUUUGACAUGUUUUCUUGUA